AUGUCUGGCUCUUCUGAGCACAGGGAGCUGGAUAGGAUCUCCAUGGAGAUGAACCAACUGUCAUUCAGGAGGCAGCAACUGAUCGAUCGCAGGAACAUGCUGACCAUCCUGCAGGAGUUCAGGAACCGCACCAACCGCAGUAGCACAGACAUGUGUCCAGCAGAUGGCUCCAAGGAGCAGACUGAGAUUCAAUGCCUUGAUAAGGAACUGCAGGAGCUGUCUGAGAAGAAGAGAGAGCUGCAGGAGAGGCAAGAUAACAUUCUCCAUUCCAAGGACCAAAUAAAAGAGUGCAUCAUCAGUCAGGGGGGUGUAUCUGUUCUCCCUGACCCCUCUGUUGUCUUUGUUGAAGCUCCACCCUCUAUACCAGCUCCGGAGGUCAUCCUGGACAUCCAGAAACUUCCUCCCUGCUCAGCUCAGACCCAGUGCCCACAGUGUCGACAGUUCAUCACCACAGAGAUUGUCACUUCAAUAGGCAAUGUGGCCUGUCUGGUCUGUGUCACAAUGUCUGUACUUGGCUGUGUGGCUGGCUGCUGCCUUAUCCCUUUCUGCAUUGAUAACUUCAAAGAUAUCACGCAUAGAUGUCCUAAGUGUCGAAGUUCAAUAAUCACCAUCAAAAAGCUCUGAGGUAAGGGCCCACAUGGACACAGAGACUAAUAAACAGGUCUAAGACUGGGCUUGGACAUCCCCUCUUGUGAUGAUGAGGCAUCUACCAUGAAUCUGAGGUGACCCAUUUGGGGUUCAGUAGACACCCUGUCCCAUCCUGCAGGUAUAGGACAGCAGUGGAUGAGGAGGAAAUGGACAAUGAAUGUUGAAUGGAGCCAAGCCAUAAUGAAACAUGUUCUGCUGAGUGAGAUGUGAUCCUAAAUUCCCAACAACUGUACUGUGGUCAGUGUCACUCCCACCACUCCUGUGAUCAUCGUCGUCAUCCUGUACAUUUCAAGUUAGUAUGUAUCGCAUUGUUCUUGGAAUAAAAUGUCUUCACCGAUGCAAUUUAUUAAGAGAAACUGCAUUAAAUUGUUUAUUUUAAUUUGAUUUUGUAUUGACCUGCAAAAAGCCUGUGUGAAUUGUAAAACAGAGGAAAAUAGUGUUUCAAGGUCUGUAAACUCUAAAGCUGCAUGUAACUUCUCCAAGCCUAGUGGUGGCUGUGUUAGGAACUCCUUGGUAAACAAAAAGUCACAUGAUAGGGUUGUUUUAUUUACUAAACACAACUGAAUGAUUUUCACACACAAUGUACAUUACCAUUUUUAUUGACACAAAAAGGCUAUAUAUAUAUAUAUAUAUAUAUAUAUAUACACACAUUAUGGGUAUACAGUAGUACGCAUACUGUAUACACCAAACAGUCUUAAUACAAAAGAGCUUAGAUGUGCUACGUUUGUAUAAAAUGUACGAAAAGAGCUCGUGCUACGUUUGUAAAAAAAAUAAAUAAAAUGCAUGACAAAAUAUAUACACAAUGUGCAAAAUGUAUGGCAUACUAUGUAUCAAUACACUAUUGUAAGGAAAGGGGCUAUACUUGUAUAGUACAAAUAAAAUGACUUCUGAUUCCA